AUGGGCUCUUGCAACGAUAGAAUUGAACCAUUGGAUGUUGUAUAUUGUUCAGAUAUACCUAAUCCUGAUCAUCUUGAGCUUGUGUGGCUUGAUUAUAAUGAAAAUCUGGAUGUUGAGAAAAAAUUACGAUCAUUUAUUAAUUGUUUAAAGACAUUUAAGGAUUUAACAGAAUGCGAGCGAUACAUUAGAGAAAUUAUAUCACCACAACAAUGUAUUUUGAUUGUUUCGGGUGGUCUCGGAAAACAAAUUGUACCUAACCUAAAGGGAUUAAAACAAGUAACUUCAGUUUACGUAUUUUGUAUGGAUUGUGAGAAGAAUAGACAAUGGUCAAAAAAUUAUGACAAGGUAAGAUUUCGAAAAACUGUUGAGAAAACUCAAGAUACUUUACCAACAAGCAUUUAUAAUCCGAAAUGUGAAAAUACAGGGAAAAAUCUUAAAUCCGAGAAUGCUGAUUUUAUGUGGAAGCAAUUAUUUAUUGGAGUUUUAUUGCGUAUGGGUACGAACGCCUCAACUAUAGCCAAAAGUAAACAGUAUUACGAAUAG